AGCAGUUCGCGCCUCACGGUGAAGGGGACGGAGCCACAAAGAAGAGGAAACGGCCUGAAAAGUUCAGAUGUGUUUCCGGGUCUCUGUGCUGUUGUGUCUGCGUGUCGGUGGAAGCAUCUUCACCUGGACAGGUCCAGCUGUCAGCGCGACCACGGGGACCAGCGGGGCUCAGGCGUGAUCGGCAGACAAACCCACAGACAGAAGCUGCAGAUGUUCGUCUUCAGGUGUACAUAUCUGCGCAUGUCCGAGGCUCCGCGAGGCCUCCAAGGACACGCGCGUUCGCAGUGAGGUCUCUGAUGGAGGAUCAUCUCUCCAUCAUCUUCUUGGGAAAAGCUGGAGCUGGUAAAAGUUCUUCAGGAAACACCAUCCUAGGACGAGAAGUGUUUGAGUCCAAACUGUCCUUCAGACCAGUGACCAGCCUCAUUUCUGUGGAAUCAGGAACUGUUUUUGGGAGGCAGGUCUCAGUGAUCGACACUCCAGACAUAUUAAGAUCAGAGCAGCAGGUCCAGACCUUCUGUCAGUAUGUCUUGCAGGACUCCAGACCUGUUCUCUUCCUGCUGGUGAUCAGAGUGGGUCGGUUCACUGUGGAGGACCACAGGGCCGUGGAUGCAGCGAGCAGAGUGAUCGGGCCUCACAGGCUGGAGAAAUGUUACCUGCUCUUCACAGGUGGAGAUGAACUGAAGAUGUCAUUGGACAAUUAUAUUUUACAGAACAAAACAAGUUCACUUCCAGAUGUUGUAAAAAGGUUUUCAUGGAGAAUUCACCUGUUCAACAACAAAGAUGGAGGACAGGAACAAGUCAGAAAGCUGCUGGAGAACACAGGAAACUCAGCGGGUAAGAUCUCAGUCACAUUCAGAGUUUCUGUGAAGUUAGCAGCAGAUCAGCCACAGUUUACCUGA